CGACAUCAGAGCGAUGUCGGGCAGCGAUUUGUGUCUGGGACAGAAUUCGUCUGGCUGGAACUGUCAAACUUUUGAGUGCCUCAGUCGGAUUAAGCAAAUUAGGAAUAUCUGGAAAAGGAUGUUGUUUUUUUUUAUAACUUUUUGUGUGUUUGAUUACAAUUUUUGUAUUUUAAUUAGUCAUUUGUAAUUAAUUGAGACUCAAACAACGUCAGCUCCUCGUAUCCGUGUCAUCUUAGAACCGAUCAAAUUAACGACAAAACAACAAAAAAGUGCACUUUACGUCUGGGCGUAUGAGAGUUUCGCUGGAAGGGAAAGAAAAAUGUCUCGUGAAUAUGACCAUUUGUUUAAAUUGCUCAUCAUCGGAGAUAGUGGUGUCGGGAAGUCGUCUCUGUUGAUCCGAUUCUCGGACAAUACGUUCUCGGGAAGUUAUAUUACAACCAUCGGUGUGGAUUUCAAGAUACGAACGGUGGUGAUUGGUGGGGAACGAAUCAAACUGCAAAUCUGGGACACCGCUGGCCAGGAACGGUUCCGUACCAUCACAAAUACCUAUUAUCGGGGCACACACGGAGUCAUUGUCGUGUACGAUGUUAGCAACGGGGAAUCGUUUGCCAAUGUGAAACGAUGGCUGCAGGAAAUCGAAUCGAACUGUGAUGUCGUCAACAAGGUGUUGGUCGGCAACAAGAACGAUGACCCGAACCGGAAGGUGGUCAUCACCGAGGAUGCUAAGCGAUUCGCGGACCAAAUGGAAAUUCAGCUGUUCGAAACUUCGGCCAAAGACAACAUCAACGUGGAGGAAAUGUUUCUGACCAUCACAGAGCAGGUCUUGCGGCACAAGAAACAAUCUCAGAAGCAAAACCAAACGGAUCACAGCAACGAUGUGGUUAACCUUCGGAAGGGAGGAAACUUGAAGAAAAAGAAAAAAUGCUGUUGAAGCGCGACUCUAGAUUUGCUAACAGCAUGAAUUUUUUCGAGAGGUCAUGAAACACAAAAUAAAACAUAAUGAUUUUAUGAUUUAUAUCCAUACAUUUAAGGCCUCCUCAAGCAUCGAUUCCAGCAAAAAAAAAAACAAACAUUCAAUGUGUUUAUUUUAUACAGAACAAUUGGGAACCUUUUAAGAAGAAGAAAAAUUACUCUAGAGUAGACGUUCACAAUUACUGUAAAAAAAACCUACAAAAUGUAAUAAGAUUUUGUAAUAUAUAUUUAGACUAAUAAAGCCAACGUAAAAACCCAAA